AGUUCCCAACACCUACCAAACAAGAUGAAACUCUUUGUGUGCCUCUGUGCCCUGGUAGCAGUCGCGAUGGCUGGCGAGAGUGCAAAGAGAGAAAAACGUGGUGUGUUGGGCGGACUAGGCUACAGUGGCGGCUAUAGCAGCGGUUACAGCAGCGGCUAUAGCGGUGGUUACAGCGGCGGCUAUAGCGGUGGUUACAGCGGCGGUUACAGCAGCGGUUGGGCGCCAUCUGUGAGCUACUCCGCUCCAGUAGUGUCCGCUCCCCGCUUCGUCGCCGUCAACAAAGUAGUGAAUGUGCAACGCGUCGUCUCUGUGCCUCAAGUCGUCAACGUACGCAAAGUGGUGUCAGUGCCUCAAGUCGUCACAGUGAGGCGAGUCGUCGCCGCGCCAUCUGUCGCCUAUAGCUCUGGAAGCAUUGGCCACUCUAGCCUUGGAUCAGGCUACUCUAGCCUCGGAUCUGGCUAUAGCAGCCUCGGAUCUAGCUACAGAAGCCUGGGUGGCUAUGCCAGCUACGGCGGAGCGUCGUCCUACUCCAACGGCUGGUGGUGA